GUACCGGGAGAAACCCAGGGCCAACCACGAAAGCAGCAGGUUGCGUAUGAGCUAAAGGCAAAAACAUACCUGGUGCAGCCAAACCUGCAACUGGCGGAGUAUUUUGCAGCUGUUGAAGCGACAACGGUGCCCCAGACGGCAACACCGGGCCAGCAGGAAGCCUUGAAGCAGAUGCCAACUCUUGACCACGGGCGUGCACAUGAGCGACAGAAUUAG